AUGAGUGUUCUUUAUUCCGCCCCAUACGGCUCAAGGUUCAAGUGUCCCGUCACAUGCCAUCCUGUUGCGCUUCCCAACGACGAUUGUUUUCUUCAUACUGUAGGAGGAUCUGUUGGCGUCGUUCUUCGCAAGCAAUUUCCUCCAGGCGAGCCCGCUGUGCGAGUGAAGCCUGUGCGAGCAAUCGAGGGAGUUCUUCUGAUCAACCUGUUCAUUUUCAGAAACAUAAAUUUAAAGUGGAAGCUCCUUAUGGAUCUUUUGGAGUACUGGGCUUUUGAAAUUCUUGUUUUGGUUGCUGGGCUCUUACCUGAUUCUGAGAUGAAUACCUCAUUGAUUUCUAUAUGUGAAAAUACGGAAUGCCUUGCUUAUAUGAUUACAUACGGCUUCAGUGCUGCUGUCAGCACUCGGGUAUCAAAUGAACUUGGUGCUGGGAAUGAACGCAAAGCAAAAGUAGCAGUUACGAUUACCAUCAAGUUAGCAGUCAUGCUAGCUUGUGCAAUUUCAGUUCUAUUGUUAUUUGGUCAUAAUAUCUGGGCAGCUGCUUUCAGUGACAGUUGGAAAAUUAGGCAAAAAUUUGCAACCAUUGCACCACUACUUGCAGCUUCAAUAUUUUUUGAUGCAAUCCAAGGAAUUAUCUCAGGUGUAGCGAGAGGAUGUGGCUGGCAACAUCUAGCAGCAUGGACCAACUUGCUAGGAUUUUAUAUCAUUGGCAUGCCAAUAGCCAUAUUCCUUGCUUUUGUGCUGAAGUUACAUUCAAAGGGUUUGUGGACAGGACUACUUUUUGGCAUCUCAAGUCAGACAUGCAUCCUGUUGUUCAUCUCAUUUUUUAUGACCAAUUGGACUAAGAUGGUGCAAGAUGCCCAAGGUCGACUUGGUGGAGAUGCAAAAGAAGAGCUACCAAGAACAAUCAACCCAUGAGAUGAUGUUUUCUGUCUUAUAUAAAGCAGUUUAUAUGAUCUUUGCCAAUGCCCUAUAAACUCUUUAUAUUAGAGGAGGAAAAGAGAAUAGAUGAACUACUAGUUUUAGUGAUUGUCUAAAAGAUUAUUUAUUGAUAUUUCACUUAAUUUAGUGCAUACAUUAUAUGUUGGAUUCCAAAACAAUUUGAUUAACUAUACCAACAAUGUUAUCUUGGAGUAACAUUAAUUGAAAUGGGUGGUGCAGGAAAAUAGUUUCUUAUAACAAUAUCCAAAGAAAUGGUGUAAUAGGGUGAACUGAGAAAUUCUGAAUGGUAAUCAAAUAAUGUACUUACGAGUGUAACAAUUCCUCCAAUUUUACUUCAUUCAAUCAA